AAGAAAGACUUGUCUGACUUCCCGAAAGUCACACGGUGAAAGUGAAAGUUCGUGAAGGGUCCAGCAAGGGAGAGAGAGCUGCCGGCUGGUGCAGAUGGGACAGAUUUCAACAUCAUGUUAGUCACAUCUCUGCUCGGAUUCUUCUUCCUGAUGUUUGGCAUUGACAUUGACUCAGGUGAUGAAGUUCCAGAAGUAGAAGCCAUUGUGGGCUCCACAGUCCUUCUGAACUGCAGCUUUCCAGUGAAGGCUAGCAUGUCGAUUUCGCUUCAGGUGCUUGACUGGCUCUUCAACAAGACCACGGUGGUUCACCGGCAUGAGAAGGGUGCUGAUGUGCACGUGCACCAAGAUGGACGCUUCAGGGGAAGGACGGAGGUAUUUGUGAAGGAGCUGCCAAGUGGAAACUUCUCAUUGCUGCUAAGGAACGUUGACCUGGAUGAUGCUGGGCUGUAUACAUGUCAGGCUUACAUGUCUACUGGAUACUGGACAGAACAUUCACUUCUUCAAAUCUUGAGAGGGCCAGAAGCAAAGAGUCCAAAAACUACAAACAUGAUUACCAGCCAGACAACUGACCUUACAGUGAACGAGCGCGUGUUCCUCGUUCUGGCGCUGCUGCUCAUCUUGACUGUUUUCAUCGCAAUCAUGAUGUAUUUCAGAAAGCAACUACAAGAGAUGUUCAACAAACUACGUGAAAGACUGACUCGAGGCUAAGUUGGCACUGACAAGAAGUGGGGGGACAAUGUUGAGACCCUAAUAUAUCUGAAAUAAGACGACAAAAGAAAAACAGUCAUGGUUUGUUCUGAGGCCUUCGGCUUCGUUUCUACCUCUAAUUCUCCAGCGAAGAGCCUCUGAGAAACGGUAAAUGAGGUAACGGUAACGCGGUAAAUGAAACUGGGAGAGGGUCUGGAAUCAAUGGCCUGGGACGCAAAACACAAAGUGAAAAGGAAGUCAAGAACGCCUGACAUUGGACAAGCAGAAACACUGGAGAUGUGAAAAACCAGGAAAACCUGAGAACGAGAGGCCAGUGCGAGACCCUCUAAAGAAUGAAGACAAAGCCAGUCACCUAAUUUUGAUCCAAUUGAGCAGGCCUUUCCAUAUUCUGAAGAGAAAAAUUAAAGGGACAAGCAUCUAAAAGAAACAGGAGCUGAAGAUGGCUGCAUAAGAGGCUUAUCAGAGCAUCACCAGACAAGAUCCUCAGCACCUGGUGACGUCUAUGAGUCGCACACUUCAAGCAGUCAGUGCCUGCAAGGGAUAUGCGACAAAGAACUAAAUAUGGCGGCUUUAAUAGACUUGCCAUUGCUGUGUGUCAAACAUGAUGGUGCCCUGAAACGGGGGGCCGUGUAGACUGAAGUGUGCGCAAAUCCCCCUGAAUGGAACUCUACAAUGUGCACUUUAAUUGUAGAGUCUGAAUUGUAUGAUUUGUCAUUUUAAACAGAGAGAGCAGGGGAGAAAAUCAAGGAAAAAUGUGUCUUAUGUCCCAAACAUUAUGGAGGGCACCGUAGAUAACAAAACAAAAGCAGGAUCAAGCUGUCCAAUUAACGCACACACAAUCCAUUAAAGGGGAAAAACUGGUAAUUAAUUAGGAAGUUUGUUGUAACAAAACACAUCUGCCUCCACAACCAAAGUGGACUGAGCUACACAGUCCUGGCACAUGCCCAGGUCACAAUGCCAGUCACCCGUCAGAAGCUCAUUUACUCAAGUAGCCACCAUAGUUAAAUAUAAUUUCAUCAUUUGUUACUAACUUUUUUUUUUUUAACAACAUUAGAACAUUUAUGAUGAGAAUGGGGUCUUCAGCCCAGCACAGCUCACCAGUCCCACUGCUGGCUCUUUCAUGGCACUUUAUGGUUCUUUAGUGGGUUGUGUGGUUCCUCGUAGCACUACUGCUUGACAAAGCACCGUCAUAUUCUGGGAUGGAUUCUUUGUAUAUGAAGUUGGUUCUUUGUGAUUUGAAAAGCGUCCUAAUAUGUAGAAAACAAUGUCAUCUUUAAUUUAUCAUAGGAAACAUAAUAAGAAAGUAACAGAUCAUGUAGACCUGCUUCUGUUAUUCUAUGCAGAGAGAGUCCUUUUGAAAUCAUAAAGCCAUUGGUAUUUCACAAAUCGGUUACCAUCUGUUCGUGGUUAUGGAGCCUCUUACAGAUACAAAUAAAUAAAGGUUUUCACUGGAACCAUCAAGUGGAGGGGUCUUUUGGGAACCAAAAAUGGUUCCCUUCUGUCAUUACUCUGAAGAACUGCUCUGGCACCUCACUUUUUAAGAGUAUAUGUUACAAAACAACAUCAAAUUGAGUUUGGAGGUCUCUAAAGUCCUGCUCUCUACCACACUGCUUGGCC